UUUCAUCUAUAUUAUUUCACAGAGAAUAAAUUAUUUAUAAUUUAAUGAUGAGAAAUAUCUGGAAUUAACAAAAUUAUGAGUAUGUUGUGAUAUAACAACACAUCGUUUAAUAUAGUGUUGUAAUACCAGUAUAAUUUUGUGGUUUAAUUAUCCACUUUUUUUAUUUUUAAUUUAAAAUGGGAUUCUUUAAGUUUUUAUUGGUUCUUUAUACGUUUAUACGCUUAUCAAAUUGUUCUCAUGAGUUUUUGGCUCAUAACUUUGUACAAUAUCAUGUUGGAGGUAAUGACUAUGGCCUUCCUCACCUGGCAGUUGACGGCAAGUUACGCUACCUUUUACCUGGGAAUUUCGGACUUACCGAUUCAUCGGACAAAUUUCUAUCUAGUAUGAUUUCCAGAGGCAGGACUGUUUACUUGCUUCGUCUGGAGGAUCUUUUAACAAAGCGUUUUUAUUGGCUUUUUUUCAAGAAUGUUCUCAAGACCAAUAACGUUCUUCUUCUUACACUUCCUCCUAAGGAUACCGUUUUAUCUGGAAAAAAUAAGAAAUGCGACGAGGCCUUUGCCACAGAUUUCUCUAACUCAAACUUACCAAAAUGCAGUGAUUCCAACCAAUUACACCAGGAAACUCUUUUAAAAUUCGAGCAGUUUUUAUAUAAAUCUAAACCUAAAUGUUCUUUAUCAGUGACUGAAUAUAAUGAAAGUGUUGAAAACGUCUUCAAUUUAACCAAAUCUUCAAAAAAAUUAUUGGGAGAUGAUGUACGUGUUAACGCAAAAGGCUUUGAGUCAAACUUAGUAUCAAAUUUCUUAACUCUAAACCUCUACGGAGAAUUAAAUACUGAGAAAAGUGAUAGUGAUAAUGAUAAUUCUGAUACGAAGAGAAAAAAGAUAUUGGUUACUGUUAACAUUGAUACAUUCAGCGUUUUGCAAACAUAUUCAAGUACUACCCAAAACAACAGUAGUUUGAUUUUAACCCUUGAGCUUUCCAGACUCUUGAAGGACGUUAAGAGCGAGUUUUACGACCUAAUGUUUCUAUUUUACUCAGGAUCCGUGAUAAAUUACUCUGGUCUGAGACAUUUUUUACACAACUAUAAAAAAGAUGAUAUCGAAUUUGCAGUUAAUUUCCAGGACUUGUCUGGAGAUAAAUUAUACUUUUAUACCCUCAAUGAUUUCUUCACUAACUUAGAACCUUUUCUCAGGGAAUUUGAUCCAUCGUUUGAGAAUGUUGUGAAACAGGAAAAUCCUUUGAAAAAAGAUGAAACCGUUGAUGAAGAAAAUAAAGAAAAAGACGUAAAUAAUCAUCAGAGUAGAUUUAACAAUUUAUCAAAUGUUGAAUUAAAUCUACCAAACGAACUUGACACCUUUAAGUCAUUUACAGUUACCACUACCAGUGAAGCCACACCACUAUAUACAAGAUGUUAUUCUCUUAAUUUCAAGCUUGAUUAUAAUUUAUUAACACAAAGAACUGUUGAUUUCGCUCAAGUCUUUUUGAGCCUACUAAAAUCAGAUGAUCAAUUAAAAUUUGACAUGGAGGAAAUAAAAAGCAAUGUAAAGAAGUGGGAUGAAGUAUUGAGUGAGCCUAGAAACGUUUUAACGACGAAUUUGUUAUUGUUGGAUUCUGUGAAGGAAGUAGUUUCACAUUUGGAGUCAAACUUGGGCAAGAUUCAGGUACAGAACUUUAGAACUCACAUCCACGAACACAAGUUCUACUCUUCUGUGCCCAACAAUUGCAAUGUCUUCGUAGCAAAGCACCCAGCAUUUGAUCUCCUAAUCGUACUAGCUGUAACUGUAUACAUCCUGACCAUCUGGAGCCUCGUCAGAGGGUCUCCCAAAGUGGCCAUCAACGACAUCGCUGACAUGUUCCAGCAACUAUUUAAUGAAAAGAAUUUCAAAUUUAAAACUAAAUAAUCACUCACUUAUGGUUUUAAUAUACUCCACAUACU